AUGGGCUCGACAACGGAAACCGUGACUACCGCCCCUUCGGGACGAUUGUUUUCUAAGGGCACGGAUGUGAAGUAUGGAGACUUCCGUGAUGACCUGCUGCAAAAUGGCUUUGCCGUUGUCAAGGGCGCCGUUCCCCGCGAGCGGGCGCUGAAGUAUGCCGAUGGUAUCUAUGAGUGGCUGGAGGGCUUCAACCUCGGUUUCAAGAGAGAUGAUCCCUCGACUAUUCACAAAGACCACCUUCCCGAUAUCAACGAGAAGGGUAUGUGCUUGGGAUACGCCGUCUCUCACGAAUCCUUUACUUGGGGCGUGCGCCAAGAGCCCAACGUCAUCGAGGCUUUCGAGAAGGUCUAUGAUACCCCGGACCUUAUCGUCUCUUUCGACUCCAUUGGUAUUGGAUUCCCCAACCGCAAGGACAUUCAGCCAAACAAGCCUUGGCCCCACCAGGAUCAGGACCCUGAGAAGCCUGGAUUCCGCUGCCUGCAGGGUCUGGUCAACUUGCUUCCUAACGGGCCGAAGGAUGGUGGCUUGAUUGUAUGCAAGGGGGCGCAUUUGUUGAGUGAAGAGUUCCAUGAGGAAUUCAAGAAUGAGGAGGAGAAGAUUUGGUCUUGGACCAAGGAGUGGUAUGGCUUCACAGAGAAGGGCCUAAAGUGGUUGGAGAAGAAGGGAUGCGAGUGGAUCAAGAUUGAGGCUGAACCCGGUGACCUUCUCCUUUGGGACUCUCGCACUCCUCACUACAAUGUCUCCUCCGAGACAAACCAGCCGCGCUUCUGCGUGUACACCUGCUUCAUGCCCGUCGCAGAUGCUACUAAGGAGCAACUCCUCAUCAAGAAGAAGGCCUUUGAGGAGACCAAGAUGACCACCCACUGGCCCAACGCGAUGCACGUUGUUGACCUCCCGGUGUACAGGAACGGAGAGGCAGACCCAUACCAGCGCUCUUCUCCUCGUGAGCCGGUGCAGCUCUCUGAUCGGGGUUUCAAGUUGACUGGUAUUCCUUACCUCGAGCAGAUGGCUUAA